AUGGCCGAUAUGCUACCCCUAGCCACUUACAGUAUCAAUGUGGAACCAUAUGACCCAACUCCAGCUAUUGGUCUAGACAUGCCAGUCACUAUCCAUUUGACUAUGGCUGCUAUUGACCCAGAAGCUUUUGAUGAUGAAAAGAAGCCAUCCACUUUGAGAAUGAUCAAGAGAAACCCAGAUUAUGACUUGUAUGACUACGAUGAUGACGAAGAAGAAGAAGAAGAAGAAGAAGAAGAAGAAGAAGAAAAGCCAAAGUCUAAGAAGGGUAAGAAGCAUGAUCACAAGCACGACCAUGAUCAUGAAGAUGAAGAAGGUGAAGAAGGUGAAGAAGAAGAAAUUGACGAUGAGUUUGAAGAAUGUGUCCUGGUUACUCUAUCUCCAGAAACUGGUUUCCAACAAUCUUUGGAUAUCACUAUUGCUCCAGAAGAAGAUAUCCAAUUUGUUGUUACUGGUUCCUACACAGUCUCUUUGUCUGGUAACUACAUCAAGCAUCCAUUUGACACUCCUAUCGAAGGUCUAGAUUCUGAUGAAGAAGAUGAAGAAGACUACGACGAUGAGGACAACUUAGAAGAUCUAAUUAAUGAUGAAGAUGAAGAAAUUGAAGAUCUAGAUGACGAACAGUUAAGUGAUGAACUAGAUGACUUGGAAGAUGCUAGCGAUAUCGAAGGUCGUAUUGAAGAAUUAGUUGCUGAAGAAAAACAAAAGAAGAACAAGAAGCAAAAUAAGAGAAAGCAAGAGGCUGAAGAAGAAAAAGAAUCUGAAGAAGAAGAAGAAAAGCUAACUAAGAAGGCUAAGAAGUCCAAGAAGGUCGAAUUCAAGAAGGACUUAGAAGAAGGUCCAACCAAGAAGAAAGAAGAAGCAAAGCCAAAGGCUAAGACUCUAGCUGGUGGUAUCGUCGUUGAAGACCGUAUCAGUGGUAAAGGUCAACUAGCUAAGAAAGGUUCCAGAAUUGGUAUGAGAUAUAUCGGAAAGUUAAAGAACGGUAAAGUCUUUGACAAAAACACAAGCGGUAAGCCAUUUGCUUUCAAGUUGGGUCAAGGUGAAGUCAUCAAGGGCUGGGACAUUGGUGUUGCUGGCAUGGCUGUUGGUGGUGAACGUAGAAUCGUCAUCCCAGCUCCAUACGCUUACGGUAAACAAGCUCUACCUGGUAUUCCAGCUAACUCUGAAUUGACUUUCGAUGUUAAGCUUGUCUCUAUGAAAUAA